CGUGACCGUUGACUAAGGAGCAAACAACAUAUGGAGAAGAGAAUCCUCGGAUUCUUACGAAAAUGCAGCAGCCCUACAGAGCUGAGGCAAAUCCAUGCCAAGAUUCUUUUACACAACCUUAAGGACAGCGAAUUCAUCGCGCCGAAGCUCGUCUCUCUGUCCUCGCAGCUGUGUUCCCCCGAGACAGCUGCUCGGUCGUUCCGGAAUCUGUCCAGCCCGAACGUGGUAGCUUAUAAUUCGCUGAUCCAAUGCUACAUAGGGAAGUCCCACAGAGCCCCGUCAAUUGCUUAUAAGCAGAUGAGAGCAUCAAUGGUUGCUCCCAAUAGCUUCACUUUCACUUUCCUCUUGAUGUGUUUGGAGCCGUUCGAGGCCUUACGAGAAGGGAGGAUGAUACAUGGGGAAAUCUUGAAGUCCGGGAAUGGGUCCGGUGUGUUUGUGCAGAAUACCCUCUUGAGUUUCUAUGCGAAGUGCUGCAAGGACUUGGAGUAUGCCCGUCAGGUGUUUGGCGAAAUGCCCCAGAGAGAUGUUGUCUCGUGGAAUUCCAUGAUUGGUGCUUACAUGGCUCGGGGUCUGGUAGAACCUGCAAUCGCCCUGUUCAAUUCAAUGCCCGAGAAGAGCAAUGUGACUUGGAAUACAAUGAUAUCGGGCCACUCAAAAGUGGGAAAGAUGGAGUUAGCUUCAUCCAUGUUUGAUAAUAUGCCGAAUAAAAAUGAUGUAUCUUGGAAUUGCAUGAUAUCCGGGUUUGUGAGGGUCGGCGAUAUGAAGGCUGCUAUGUGUACUUUUGCUAAAAUGCCUGAGAAGACGGUGGUAUCCUGGACAGCCAUGAUUUCUGGGUAUACUGUGAUUGGAGACCUCAAGUCAGCAGAAGCCCUUUUUGAUCAGAUGCCCAGAAAAAACACAGUUUCUUGGAAUGCCAUGAUCACAGGUUACGUCCAUAACCACCAAUUUGAUCAAGCCCUGGCAUUGUUCCAUCGAAUGUUAAUUGACAAUGCCUGUAAGCCUGAUCACACCACUCUCAUUAGUGCGCUCUCCGCUUGUUCCCACUUGGGUUCUCUUGAGCAGGGGAAGUGGAUUGACUCCUAUAUCAAGAAACACAAGCUUGAGAUGUCUCUAUCUCUGGGCAAUGCCUUGAUUGACAUGUUUGCAAAAUGUGGUGAUCUAGGAAAUGCAAAAUUAGCUUUUGAUGACAUGUCUACGAGAUGUGUGAUCACAUGGACGACCAUGAUAUCUGGUCUAGCUUAUAACGGCAAAUGUGCUGAAGCCCUAGAUCUGUAUGACAGGAUGUGCUCAGAAGGGUUUAGACCUGAUGAUGUCCUUUUUAUUGCCGUUCUGACUGCUUGUACUCAUGGAGGGUUGGUGGAGGAUGGCAAAAGAGUAUUUUCAGAAAUGGUGAGUAAAUUCGGUAUCGAGCCUCGAAUUGAGCAUUACGGGUCCAUGGUCGAUCUUUUGGGGAGAGCGGGGAAGUUGCAGGAGGCCAUUGAGUUCAUAGAGAAGAUGCAUUUGCAGCCUAAUUCUGUCAUUUGGGGGACUUUAUUAUCUUGUUGCAAGUUUCAUGGAAGUAAGGAUAUUUUGGAUACCGUGAUCCAAAAAAUCAUGGAGCAGGAGCCUUCAAACCCGAGCUAUCUGACAUUGAUUUCAAAUCUGAAAGCACUGGUGGGUCAAAGUGUGGAUGGAUCGAUUUAUCGGGCAGCAAUGAGAGAGAAAGGAAUGGAAAAAGUUCCAGGUUGCAGCUUAAUUCAAGUUGGUGAUAAGGUCCACGAGUUCGUUGCAAGGGAUACAAACCACGAGAAUAGAAGGGAAAUCUAUAGAACUUUGAGUUUUCUUGAUAAGUACUUGAAAGUCGUGCACGAUGACUUGGGAGAAAUAGGGCUUUGCGAAGUAUAGCACCUCUGGGGAAAUAGUUCUUAGGAAAAGGACUAAUAGCUCGCGCAUUACUCCUAACGACAUCUCUUGCUCUAUUUUGCUAGGGAAACCAUAAUUCAUUUCCGAAAUUAGGCGAUAUAGCACUCUGAUUCCAUCUUGUAAAUACUGAAAUUUACAUCUAUUUAUUGCUUCCUGUUUUACUUGGC